UGAAACGCUUAUUCCGAUAAUAAAAUUCAUUUAGUUAAGUGAAAAGUGAGUGCAGUUAUAAUUUGUUUUCCAUUCAUUUUCCAUAAUGGAUUUAUUAACAUUAAUUCUUACAAUUUUUCUUCUUGGGCUUUUGUACUACAACUAUUUUUAUAAUCCAAAAAAGAAUAUUUUCGAUCACUUGGAUAUUCCAUACGUGAAACCACUGCCUUUUUUCGGAAACAUAAUUCCUUGUCUAUUAAGAAAAUUAAAUUACAUCGAACUGGUGACAAAAUUAUACAAUAAAUUUCCAAAUGAAAAAUAUUUCGGUAUGUUUGAUUUUCAAACACCAGUCAUUGUGAUUCGUGAUCCAGAAAUAAUAAAAUCAAUUGGAAUAAAAAAUUUCGAAUCAUUCAUCAAUCAUCGUGGAUUUACGAACGAAAGUAUAGAUCCAAUUUUUGGAAGAUCAUUAUUCUCGUUGAAGGAUAAUCAGUGGAGGGAAAUGAGGACAAUAUUGAGUCCCUCGUUUACGUCGAGUAAAAUGAAAAUGAUGUUUAAUUUAAUGAGAAAUUGUGCGGAAAAAUUCACGCAAGCUCUGCUUGAAAUAUCCACUAAUGAUUCUCAGAACAUUAUUAAUCUCAAGGAUAUUUUUACUAAAAUCAGUGCCGAUGUGAUUUCAACCUGUGCCUUUGGUAUUAAUAUCGAUUCAAUGAGAGAUCCAAAAAAUAAUCUCUACAUGAUUGGUCGGAAAGCGACAAAUUUCGAUGGUAUUCUAUCAUUAAAAUUUCUACUCAUCAGAAAUUUCAAGAGAUUAUCGAAACUAUUCAAAAUAACGAUCUUCAAUUCAAGAGUAAAUCGAUUUUUUACUAAUGUAAUAAGUUCGAAUAUAAAAUUUAGAAAAGAGGAGGGAAUCACGAGGCAGGAUUUUCUUCAAUGGAUGAUGGACUUUCAGGACAAUAAAAAUGAGAAUCGAAAAUUAUCUCUUGAAGAGAUUACGGCAAAUGUUGUACUUUUCUUUGUUGGUGGUUUAGAUGCUGUUUCAUCGGCCUUAUCGUUUGCUCUUCAUGAAAUAACAGUAAACCCCGGGGUGCAGGAAAAAUUACAACAAGAAAUUGAUAAUGUUUUUGAAAAUUCCCCAGGACAUGAGCCAACAUAUCAAGAUAUAAUGAACAUGCCCUAUAUGGAUGCGGUAAUUAAUGAAGUUUUGAGACUUUAUCCAAUUGGAAUUGUUGACAGGAUAUGUAACCGCAAAUUCGAACUUCCUCCAAUUUCAUCUGAAAAAGAACCAAUAACUGUGAGUCCAGGGAUGUCGAUUACGUUUCCCAUGUUUGCUAUUCAUCGUGAUUCUCAAUAUUUCGAAAAUCCAGAAAAAUUCACUCCAGAGAGAUUUUUGAACGAGAAAAGAGUCAAUGCUAGUAGUGCAACUUAUUUUCCAUUUGGUAUAGGACCGCGAAUUUGUAUUGGAAAUCGUUUCGCCCUAAUGGAGAUUAAAGUUGUUUUAUUUUAUCUUUUAGUGAGUUUAAAUUUUCAAUCAUGUUGCAAAACAUCUGUACCGAUCAAAUUUAAGAAAGAUUGUUUUCUUUUAUUACCGGAAGGUGGCUUUUGGUUGAAAAUUGAAAAGAGAAAAUUUCCCUAAAAAUUCUCAGUGGUUCUCUGAUUUCCAGACUUUUUACUGACUGAUUUUGCCUUUUUUCCUGACCCUGAAGAAUAUUCUAAUUCACUCCAAAAAUUAUUAAAAUUUCCAAAUAUGUUGUAUUGCAUUUAUUUACGAAUUUCC